AGGAGGCGGGUCUCGCGGCAAGCCUGGCAGAGGCGCGAGGCCCUCCGCCCGCCUCUCCGCCUACUCCAAGCCUCCGCCGCCUCAGCUUCCCGAGCGAGCCCUGCGGCCGCCGGAGCAGCUCCCGCGGCGGAGCAGGAGCCGGAUGGUCAGAGGAGCCCGGCAGCCCCAGCAGCCGCGGAGUCGCCUGGCCCCCAGACUGACUGGCACAGUGGAGAAACCACCCCGAAAACGGAAAAGCAGAACUGAAUUUGCUCUUAAAGAAAUCAUGUCCUCUGGCGGUGCUGAAGAUGACAUCCCACAGGGAGAGAGGAAAACAGUGACAGAUUUUUGUUACCUUCUGGAUAAGUCUAAGCAACUGUUCAAUGGGUUGAGAGAUUUGCCACAAUAUGGACAGAAGCAGUGGCAGUCCUAUUUUGGAAGAACUUUUGAUGUUUACACCAAACUGUGGAAAUUCCAGCAGCAGCAUCGACAAGUCUUGGAUAAUCGGUAUGGCUUGAAGCGGUGGCAAAUAGGGGAAAUUGCUUCUAAGAUUGGGCAGCUAUACUACCAUUAUUACCUACGCACAUCUGAGACCAGCUAUCUGAAUGAGGCUUUCUCCUUCUAUUCUGCAAUCAGACAGAGAUCUUACUAUUCUCAAGUCAAUAAAGAGGACAGACCUGAGUUGGUAGUUAAGAAGCUACGAUACUAUGCAAGAUUUAUAGUAGUUUGUCUUCUUCUCAACAAAAUGGAUGUUGUGAAGGAUCUGGUAAAGGAACUGUCUGAUGAAAUUGAAGAUUAUACUCACCGCUUUAAUACUGAAGAUCAAGUGGAAUGGAACCUGGUACUUCAAGAAGUAGCAGCUUUCAUUGAGGCGGACCCUGUAAUGGUAUUAAAUGAUGAUAAUACCAUUGUUAUCACAUCUAAUCGCCUUGCUGAAACGGGAGCCCCAUUGCUGGAACAAGGCAUGAUUGUGGGACAGUUGUCUCUGGCUGAUGCACUCAUUAUUGGUAAUUGUAAUAACCAGGUUAAGUUCAGUGAACUAACUGUUGACAUGUUCCGGAUGUUACAAGCCCUGGAAAGGGAGCCAAUGAAUUUAGCUUCCCAGAUGAAUAAACCAGGAAUGCAGGAAUCAGCUGACAAGCCUACCAGGCGAGAAAACCCGCACAAGUAUCUGCUCUACAAACCAACCUUCAGCCAACUAUACACUUUCUUAGCAGCAUCUUUUAAGGAGCUGCCUGCCAAUAGCGUGCUUCUGAUUUACCUGUCAGCCACUGGCGUUUUCCCCACAGGUCGUUCUGAUAGUGAAGGUCCUUAUGAUUUUGGAGGGGUACUUACUAAUAGUAACCGAGAUAUUAUAAAUGGAGAUGCCAUCCACAAACGAAAUCAGUCCCACAAGGAAAUGCAUUGCCUCCACCCUGGAGAUCUCUACCCCUUCACAAGGAAGCCGCUGUUCAUCAUUGUGGAUUCGUCCAACAGUGUUGCUUACAAGAAUUUCACAAACUUAUUUGGACAGCCACUAGUCUGCUUGCUUUCUCCUACAGCCUAUCCAAAAGCUUUACAAGAUCAAUCUCAACGAGGUAGCCUGUUCACUCUCUUUUUGAACAAUCCUCUAAUGGCCUUCCUAUUUGUCUCUGGACUGUCAAGCAUGCGUAGAGGCCUAUGGGAAAAGUGUCAAGAAUAUCUUCGAAAAAUCAACCGCGACAUUGCCCAGCUACUGACCCAUUCACGUUCAAUAGAUCAGGCAUUUCUCCAGUUUUUUGGAGAUGAAUUUCUUCGCUUGCUUCUCACAAGAUUUAUCUUUUGUUCAGCCACCAUGAGGAUGCACAAGAUUUUUCGGGAAACACGGAAUUACCCAGAAUCAUAUCCACAACUGCCAAGGGAUGAAACAGUGGAGAACCCUCAUCUCCAGAAGCACAUUUUGGAAUUAGCAUCCAUUCUGGAUGUGCGAAACGUGUUCCUUGAGAAUACCAUAGACGACUAUUAAAGCAAAAAUCCUCUUAUUGAAACACGUUUUCAUUUGCCACAAGUUUUAAAUGGUGCAGUUUUCUAAUGUGAUGACAGAUACAUAGUGGUGUUAUUUAGUUUUUAUUUUUCAAUUUAGGACCACCAUUUUAAAAACAAACAAAAAAAAGUUGUUCAAACUUUUAGGGUAACUUUUAAAAUACAGUCUUUCAGGUGUUUUAUUAAAACCUCGAUUAAUAUUGGAAUUUUUAUUUUUUGGUUUUGAGGUAUGGGUACUUACCUCUAACAUCUAAUCGUACACUCAAAUAGUUACUAUUCUCACCCUGAGAAGAGUACAUCAUUUAUUUUUGUAUAAUGAGGAAAAUCCAACUCUUAUACUUGGACCUUAAAUGUGUGGAUUUAGAAAAUAUAUAAUUGUUCACAGAGGUGAAACUAGCCAGCAUGGACUACUCAAAAUCAAGAUCAUAGCCCUUCCAUAAUAUUUCUUUUCAUUCCAAGUUAGUAUCGAUAGAAAAAUGUGUGAUUCUUUGAAGCAUAAUCAAGUUAUAGUUCUUGAAAGUAUUUAAUUCGUUUAAAUGCUGUCAAAAUUUCAGAAACUGUAAAGCAUUGAUUUGUAUCUGAAAAGCUAAAUCUUUAAUUGGGAUCUUUAGAUGAUAAAUAUCAUUUGGAAUGUGUGAGUCCUGUGCUAUCAUGAGAUAUAUUUGCAUACUUUGUUUUCUUUGUAGUUUUUGAAUGCUGGAAGUGAAAAGGAGGUGAAAAAGAGCAGCUUUUAAAUCUUUCCGUCAAAAAAUCAGAUUGUUGGUUUCAUGAUCCAGUGUUUCCAUAGGAAUUCCAUUUAAGCUCUUAUUAAUGAGAUCAAGUUUGAAGCCUAUAUAGAUUGAAGUUUGUGGCUUACAGUACAGAGUUGGUCAUCUUUUUGCCUGGUUCAGGUCGAUGAACCUUCAAAGUCAGAGAUGUUAUUAAUAUUAGUUGAGGGUAACUGAAUUUAUUGUUUAACCUAAAAUGGAAGUUGCUUUUGCAUUGACAAUUUGGAAGUGAGGUUUUUAGAAACUCCUUGUAUUCACUAUUUUCUAUUUCAUGCACAAGUUUUUUUUUUAUUAUUUUAUAUAGGACUCAGUGUAUAAUAUUUAUAAAGAUUUUUGAGUUGUUUUCUUCCUUUUUAUCCCUUUCAAAAAAUUCACAGGCACUAGCUAUGAUUUCUUACCCCUCUUUUGACUCCACAACUUUCAGACUGAGAAAUCUAUGAAUCAAAAGCCCUUCUACCUAAUUUUCCAUACAGGCUCACAGUCUACCUCUGGCAGUCCCAGGGGAAAUGAGGUGUUUGCUGUUGGUGCCUCUUUCCUAUGUUCCUAGGGAAAUUUUACUGUAAUAUUUUAAACUUGAUUUUUAUUUCUGACAGAAUUAUUUGGAUCUAAGUUAUGCAUAUACCUGUUCCAAUUUGUUGAUUUUUCAUCUGAAGUCUUAAAGCUAUUGUUCUUGGGUUGGGCGGACUUUGUGGGUUUUUUAGUUAACUUUUUAAAAGUCAUUUUUGUUUGUUAUUUUAAACAUUAUUUCAGAAGUCUUUGGAAAAGCCCCAAAGAGAGAUUUUCUUUGCAAGUGGGUUUUCAUUGUCAGAUAAAGACUACUUUCCUUUUUUUUCCCCCAGUACCUUAGUAAACUUCAUAGCUUUCUUUUCAUAACUGCUCACCUGGACGACAGCAAUAGAUUAUCCUUAGUUAUCUGACCUCUUGUUUCAAUUCCCCUGAAGUUCUGUGCCAGUAAUGUUCCUAACAACACAUAUUGUCCUGUUCUCUGAUGAUUAAUAUAAUAUUUAUCACCCUGAGCUUUAUCCUCACCUGAUUAACAUAAAAAACAGUGGUUUGAGAACUGGGAGAUCUGAGUUCUAAUCCUGGCUUUCCUGGUAACUAGCUGCUUGUCCUUUGACAAAUGUCUCCAUGUCUCUGCUUUUUAGCACUCUUGCCUGUAAAACGAAGGCCUUGGCCCAAGAUUCAAUCCAGUUCUCUGUUUUCUAUAAUUUGAAUUCUUGGUUCUGAAAAACUGAUUUUCCCACCCCUGCCGCUUGGAAAGUUGGUUUCCCUUAUUUUGAUGUACACAGUAUUUCCUUUCCUAGAUCAUUUUUACCUAGUUUUUGUUCAAGAAAAUAUCUGGGUCUCACUUAUUUGUUGUAGAAAGUAGUUCAGAGACUUUCCGGAAAAAAUUAGAGGUUUUGUUAGUAGAAACACGUUUGUCUAAGAACAAGGGAUCUUAGAAAUCACAGUCAGUGUUUAGAUGAUGACAUUCCUCCUUAAGCUAGUAGUAGUGUAAUUCCUUACCAGUGGUUAAAAAUUUAAAGUGAACUGAUCUUGAGAGCAAAGCUAUACUAGAAAAUUCUAAACUAUUGUUUCAUUCAUGUGUAUUGAGCAACAACUGUUCUCCAGAUUUUAUCCUAGGCAUUAGUCUGACAGACCAAGUAGACUUAAACUUCCUUGUCUUCAUGGAACUUAUAUUCUAGUAGAAGACAUCAGGCAAUAAAUAUAAUACAUAAUUUAUGUUAGAAAGUUUUAAACAGUAUGAAGAAAAUUUAAGAGUGUGCUAAGGAAAAUUUUUCCUUUGUUUUUAGAGAGAGAAUAAAGUUUCAAAGACCAAUCAGGGUAGGCCUUCUUGGAAAGGUUACAUUUGUGCAAACAUGUCAUAUUCCUUUGUCUUGUCUUUUUUUUUUUUUUACUUUUUAUCAUGAAAAUUUGAAACAUGCACAGUGUUUAAUGAAUGCUCUUGGACCCAUUACCCAGCCUCUACAUUUUAAGGCCUUUCUUUAAUUGAGGAAGAGGAAAUGAAAAGGACAAUCACUUAAUGGUAAGGUCAAGAUGGCAGUGGCAGAGAAGAAUCUCAUUUUUUUCAACAUGUCCUGCCCCCCUUAUGAAUAUUAAAAUGGGAAAUCCUUUAUUUAUGUUUAGAAUUCAUAGAAAUUUAAAUUUUGGAAGGAAAAAAAAAGCAAAGCAACAGGGAAGAGCACUUCUUUUGCUUUCAAAUCGCACAGACUACCCCCCUGGAUAUUCUGAUACAGACUCUCACCUCACUUAAGAAUCACUAUAAACAAAAUAGUGUAAAAGUGCAAGAAGUAAGUUGUAUACAAACAAAAUGAAAAUUAAAUACAAAACAAAAUUAAGCACAAUGAAAUUGUUUUAUUUCUUUAUCCAUAUGUUUCUGAAGUUGGUAAAGCAACUGUCUUCUCUGUUUUACAGAAAAGAAAACAGAGACCCUCAAAAGCUGUCAGUUUUUUCCAUAAAGAUGGAGCCAGAACUAAAACUCAGAUCUCCUAUUCUCAGCCCAGUCUUUCCCGGUAGCUCAGGUUACUUUCUAUGACAAACAAGAAAGAAAUAAGAGAUUUAGAUUUUGGCACAGAAGUUAUGGUAUUUUUUUUAAUAUAUCAAAUAUUGAAACCAGUAAAUCAGUCAGCCCUAGCAAAAUUUUAUUUACUAAUUAUUUUUUAAAAAUCCACAAGUCAGACAUUUUAUCUUCGAUUUUAGCCAGGAUAUAUUCUUUGUGUAUGUGUAUGUGUGUGUGUUCUUCCUAGGAAGUGGUGCUCUCAAAAACCUCUCAAAGCACAUAGAAUUUAUUGUUCUCUUUAUAUUUUUACCAAGUUGAAAUGUUUUGAGAUUGUAAAAGGAAAGUGCAAUCUAGUCAUGACUGAAAUUUUCCUAGUAAAGGAUCUGAGUUUUAUUUUUUCCCUCACUGUGGCUACUAUGCUUUGUUUUCUUCUUGCAGUAGAAUUCCCUGUAAGACAUUAGGUGGUUAUUGAACUGAAUUUCUUUGCGGUAAAGGGAAAAGCAACAACUCUGAUUUAUAUAUCAAUUAUAGAAGCUUUCGUUGGUGUUCUUUUCCCAGUUUAAUCUCUGACCUGUGUGAGUUAGUAACUUUCUGUGUCUUAGAAGGGUUUUGGACUCAGUUGAAAAAUCGUAUACUUAGUUAUCCACAGAGACUUGUAAUCAGUCUGAUAGAGAACAUUGUACACAGGAAAUAUAGUAAGGUACCAAGGUCUGCAAACUUGGCUACUGCCUGUGAUUCAGAACCACCUCCCCACCCUGAGUGAGUAAAUAGAUUUGAUAUGAAUAUGAAUGUUACGAAUCUCCUGGUGAUAUUUUGGGUGUUUAUGUUCCUGUUAUGUGUGUGUGGAGAGUAUUAAGGAUAUUUACAUUGAGGGCUCUUUUGUUGUUCUUAUUUAUUUGAAAUUCUUAUUUUAUUUGCAAUAGCAUGUAUAUAUUUUGGUGAUGCUGAAUGCAAUCUGUGUAUACUUUUUGUAUAUAUGUAUAUAGCUGUAAAUAUAUGGUAUGCAGUGAUACAGUAUGUGUAUAUUAUAUACCCAUACCCAUUGUGGGCUGAAUUUAUUUAAGUUCUGUGAGGACAUCAUAGUGGCAUUGUUCAUGCUGCUGUAUUAGGUUGUGGCUGUAUCUCAAUCAUGAGCCUCUAUUUUGAGGGGCUUGUGUUUGGGUAAAAUGGGCUAUUUUGGAGUUGAAAUUAGGAUAUGAAGAUCUUAACAGAAAGCUGGAUAUUCUUAGCUUUAAAAAUCAUCUGCCAGUUUCCAUUUAAACUGAUGAUAAAUUAGUGAUAUAAACCUGAAAAACCUAAGUAUGUGAAACUGAGACACCAGCAGGUUCUUAAGCUAUAUUAGUCCUUUAUUUUCUUGACUAUAGUUGGGUAUUAUUACUUAGUAGCAUAUGUAUCUAUAUUGAGAGUCAAGGGGCAAUGGAAAAAAUUACUUUGAUCACAUUUCAAAAUAGAUAGGAAAAUGUCCUAAUAGGCAAAUGUUCCUAAUUGCCAUUUUAAUACCUGAUACCACAGUUUAAUUUUGGAAGAAUUUUUUUUUUUCACUAGUGUGUCUCAUUUUAUAUGUCUCUAUGAGGCAGAAAAGGGGGCAUUAGGUAGGAGAAGGCUUUACUUAGGUGGGGUCGAAUUUAAUGAGGAACAGGAGGUUGAUAAACCUGUAUAUUUGCAGCAGCUGUGAUUAAUUAAGUUCUGUCUUGGCAUUUCUAGCUAUAGAUUUUUCUUGAUUGGAAUUGCAUAUCAAAGAUGAGUCCACUCAUCUGCAAGAAUGCUUCCAGUGAAUAAAAUGCCUCCAGUUGUAUUUCUUUGUCUCUAUGAGACCACUGUGUUCUGCAAAUUGAUAGAUUCACACGUGAAGCAGGAUUCUUAACAGUAGGUGUGUGGCGUGCUAUAUAUAAAAGCAGGGCCUUCAAACCUCUCCCAAGAAUGACAGGUAGGGGAGGAUAAGAGGAUUGUUCGUAUGUGCAGUGCCAGUGUGUGAACCUAUGGAAUAUCACAGAGAUCAGGGCUCGGUUCCUCCUGUCUUCACUGGGCAUGUUCAUCUGCAUGGAAGAGUGUAGGAGAUAUUUUAAUAUACACUUGAAUAUAUUCACCACAAAAAUUAAGUGGGGUUUUCUUUGCAUGAUAAAGUAUAACUGCAAAAAACUGUUUACCCUAUGGUUCUUCAGAAGAUUAAAUCCAUCUGAUCCAACUUGAAAUUAUCUUACUAAGUCAGGAAUCAAUUCUGCCAUCCCCCAAUAUGUUACAUUUGCCUCUUCACUGUAGUUUUAAUAUAACAACCAAGUAUUCAUGAUACUUCUCAAUUAAAAUGUUACAUUUUAAAUAGUUAUAAUAGCUUUUUUCUUAAACACAUAAAAUUUGGCAGUGUACUAUUCUGAGAAAAUCAGUGAAAACAUUCAUAGUGUCUAAUGUUGUAGUAACCGAGUCAUUUAUUGCAACUGGAGAGUAGCAGAGCAGAUGUUAUGCUACUUAAAAUUCAUGGAACUGACUCACGCUUAAUGUGGACAUUGAUUUGAGGAGAGCAGCAGCAAUAGAAAGUGUGGUAGAUGAGGUUGAUAUUGUGACUAUGACCUCUGGCUCUCUAACAGUUGUCAAGCCAGUCACUUUGCAGUUAAAUAAAAAAUUGCUUAGAAAACCAAGCUCUCUCCCCCUGUUCUGCUGUCUUAGACAUCGAUAACUUUAUACCUGUUCAUGCUGUACCUCCAAUCUUUCACUGGAUACCGUGACCACUUUAUCCUAAAAAAAAAUUUUUUUAAGGCAAUUCAUCCUACUCAAACUAGAAUUUCUAAACGUGGUAUUAUACUGUGUUCCAGCUUCACUGAAUUUUUGAACACAGAUUUAUUAAACAUGCCUUGUGUUUAAGGAAGAAUAAUUGAUUUGUGAAUGAAAUCAAUCACCUUUUGAAGGGAAGGAUGUCAGAAUGAUGCUGGAGGGACAUGCCCUUAAAUGAGUAUAAAGACAAAUGUAUUAAGUGGAACUAGUUUGUUGAUGCCAUAGAAAUAUUUCCUUUGGAAUUCUGUAGAUAUGAAUUGUUUUCUUAAGCUAAAAUUGAUAUUUUUCACUUUAUUAGUUUGGUGUAAUAUUGACUUUUGAGAAAAAUUCCAUUUCGUAUAACAUUGUUCCUUAAUAACUGAAGCACCAUUUCUUAAUUUAAACAUAUUUUUGUUAAUUUGUGUUUUUUAAAGUUAUUUUUUAAAUUAAUUACCAAACUAUUCUGAGCAGUAUGAUUUUUUAAAAAACAUAUUUGAACAAGACUUCAGAGAUUUUUAGUAGUUUGAGAUAUAGUAAUUCUGCACUCCAGAUUCACUUAAUCAUCACUUAAUCAUCUAAUUUGGUCAUAGAACAGACUAUAAAUUGGGAAUAUUUUCCUAUUUUGGUGGAUAACUCCUGUCUAUAUCCUAAGACAAUCAUCUUUUUAGAUGUAGUAUUGUUUAUUGAGAGGUUGGUAAUUUCAGGGUUCAGAUUUUAUUUUACUUUUCUGAUAGGCUUAUGAAAUGAAAGUUAAUAGCCUGAGGGUUUAUGUCACUUUUCAGAAUGAGAUGGUAAGUUAUAGCUAGCCUUCCUUUAGGCGUGCAGUAAACAUUUAAAAUUUUGUGUUAUAUCAUUAAUAUUCUUUUCUGUUUUGAAACUGUCGUGAAUGUCCAUUUAUCCAUGAUUGAAAAUUAAGAUUUGUAAACAUUACGAUUUGACCCCUAAGUCUUCUCAAAUAUCAAAUCAGUAAGAUCAACCAUUGUAAAAAGCAAAUGGUCAUGUAUGUUAACCCAAAGUAAUCAUUUCCAAAUGAUAUCAAAACACUCUAAAUACAAAAAUCUUAUUGCUACCCUUGCAUGUUACUGACUUUUUUCUAGAUUAUGUAUUGUGAUGUAUUAAAAAUCUGCAGGAAAAAUUGCUUAAAAUGUUUUAGGGCAAUAAUUUUUACUGCUAUUUCUUGCAGAAUGAGUUUUUUUUUAAAAAAAGAAAAAACUCUUGUUUACCUUUUAUUAAAAAGAACUCAAUGGUUCAGUAAUAUAUCUUAGGAUUUUGUGUUUGUGGCUUUUUAUAGUUACGUGGUUACAUUCCUUUUGUCCCAUAGAUCAUAUGGCUAGUUCUCCAGCUGUUUUUUUAUUUAUUGUUUUUAAUAAACAUUGCCACUCAACAAUCAGAUAUAUUUUGGAGGCUUCUUCCUGUCAAAGUAGAAAGGUUUUAGGUAAUAGGAAAGGCAGAUGCAAUGUCCUACAUUUUCAUAGUAGAGCUUACAAGUGAAAGGAUUUAUUCAAAUAGGUUAUCGUCACUGUGUAGCACCAGUAAAAGUAGUGGUUUCAUUAAUCAUUGAAUGUGAUGAAGCAGUUUUAAGUCAUUUCCUACUUAGCUCUAAAGAAUUUUGUCAUUUCAGGCCACAUUAUUAUUUUCUCCAAGUGAUUUUACAUUGUAAGGUUGAAUAUCUUUUUAUUUAUAUCAUCACUAAGGGUUAAGAUAAUCAAAUAGGAAUUAAAAUAAGUUAUACUUGAUCUUUUUUCCCUGAAAAUAAUGGUGAACCUAUUGUCUAUAUUAUGAAUAUUAGGCAGAAAUGCACUUGUUUCGAUCAUAGAAGAAAUUACAUUUCGAAAAUAUAAUUAUUUGAUUUUCUAGUGGUGUGAAAUACUUUUUAAAAAUUGUGCUUGUCUGUAACUGAAAUGUUAUAGAAUUGUAACACUAUAAGGAUUCUAGAGUUAUAUUUAUUAGCUCUCUUUGAGAGACUGAAGCACAAUAAUUUUCACGUAACCGUUCUUACCAAGUGCUGCUAAUCUGUCGUGCAAAUGAUCAAACUAUUUGGUUGCCUAUCUAGCUAUUCACAAAUCACUGUAAUCCUUGAAAUGUAGUCUUGUUGCUCAUCUGUAUUAAAUUUUGGGUAUUGUGGGUUAAUACUUUAGAACAAAAUCCAUCAACUCAGCUCGGUGAGCCCAACAAACCGUUUGGAUUCACUAGUUUUAUAUGUGUUCUCAAUAGAAUUAAAUUUGAAGGGGCUAUUUACUACCAGUGACGAAGGGGGAAAAUUAUAUUGUCAAUAUCAUUUGACUUGAACAAUUGUGGUAUUGUAAAAGUCUUACCUGUUGUGUUUCUUAAUUGCUUAAGCCAUACAUACUCUUAAGGAUUUUUUUUUUUGUGUGUUCCUUUUCAGCAGCCUUUUUCUGCUGUCCGUUAUGGUUAAUAUGUCAUAGAUUUUAGAAAUUAAGGUUACCAAAACAUUUUAUUUUCCUGAUCAUCACUUUUGACUCUUGUGUGAUAUGUGAUUUGUCAUAAAGGAUAGCAAGCCUUCCACUACUUCACUAAAUGAAUUUCAGAGUAAACACUGUGAUUCUGCAGAGGAUUCAGUAGGCCCUUGUGUUUCCAAGUUUUCUUGUGUUACAUGGUGCCUACCACCUUGAGGGCGCUUAAAUACUAGAGGAGGAAGAGUUAAACAUUGUUUUGAUGUUUAUUGAAUAACAAGAUUACAGAUGAUUUGAUUUUUGUCGUCAGUGUAUUGAAGACAUUUUUGCAUUGAUAAAUGUUCUCUCUAGGAAUGUGAUUACAUUCAUCAGGUGUGAACUCUUGUAAAUGAAUUUUGUAUCUUGAAUUCACAUAUAUAUUAAGUGUAUCAUCGAUAUAAAAAUAAACAUUAAAAUUAUUUGCUUAAA